GGAGCCAUGGUGUAUUCAGGCGAGUGUGGGAUGUCAAGCACAAGCGCACCGCUUCCGAUUCAGCCCUUCACAAUAAGAUUUGAAAGAUUCGAACUUCCGCUCAAAUUGCGUUAAAGAAAUGAAAUGUACUGGAAACGUCUGUCAGCAAACUGUUAACAACACCGAUUUUGAACUUGUCUAAAGCAGAAAAAAAAAGGAAUUAAUAGACAGACUGAACUCGUUUGAGUGUAGCGACACUGUGGCGGAGAUGGCGCAGUGCAGCCUGUGGUUGCCAUGGUGCAGCGUCAGCGAGGUCAGAUUUAGCAAACGUCAAGGCGUGGACCGGAAAAACACUUCAAACCAACGGACCCAGUGAUCGCCCUUUUUGUUUUUCUUGUUUGCCGAAAAGCUACAACCCCGAACCUUCUGUAAAGGACGUGUAUAACUAGAAACUAGAGACGAUGCUGCCGUCGCAUUCUCAUCCGAGCUAGCACCGUUUGCUAAAGUUCAAGCUAGUCGCCACCCAAGCCACUUAAACUAUGUCACGCACUACGUCUCCGAAACCAAAAGAAGGAGCGAUCAGGAGUGACUGGGAUGACAGUCCGAGUCAGCGCUACCUCCGGAGCAGCAAGAGCCGCUCGCAAGCCUCCUCCUCCUCAUACUCCUCUAAACAAGAGCACCGACGCAGCGUUGUCCACAGCCGGAGCCAAGAUGAAGAGUCCAGAACCAGUCGUUCCCAUCCAGAUCGGGACCAAGAGUCAGACAGAGACGAGCAGAGAACAAACGGCUCGCUCUACUCUGAAGACUCUGAGACGCUGACUCGGCGCUCUCUGUCGCCGUACUCCUGCUCACGCACCCCGUCCCCCACCCCACUUAGAAGAAUGCAUGGCAAGAGGGUCUCGGGCAGUCCCAUCCACAAGACUGGUCUUGGGCGUCGGCCACUUCGUCCAGGUGGACUCCCACAGUCUUACUUGAGGGGUCAGCGUUCCCACAGCAAAGAGCCCGCUCCCUCUAAAGACCUGGACCUGGUGACCAAGAGGAUGCUGUCCGCCCGUCUGCUGAAGAUCAAUGAGCUGCGGAACAGUCUGGCGGAGCUGCAGCUGCGCACGGACGAGCUGCAGAAGGAAAACCGCAUCCUGCGACAGCUGAAGAUCCGUCAGGAGAAAGCUCUGCAGCGCUAUGACGACACAGAGAGUGAAAUCUCCAAGCUGAUCUCGCAACACUCCAACGAGACACAGGCCCUCCGCGAGCGCCUGCGCCGCACCAAAGAGAGGGAGCGGGCGGCCGAGCGGCGGCUGAAGGAGAGCGAGGAGCAGCUGCAGAGGAGCCGCUCCACCAUCGCGCGGCUGAAGAAGCUGGUGGAGCACAAGGAGCUGGGCGUGCGUGACGAGCUGAGCCGGAAGCUGGAGGAGGAGAAGGUGCGAGCGCAGGAGAUGGAGCUGAGAGUGAAGGAGCUGGAGCGCAGCCUGGAGCUCAGCAGCGGAAGCUUUCAGCGGCAGCUGGCUGCAGAGAGGAAGAAGACCCUGAGUGUCCAGGAGGAGAUGAAGACUCUGCAGGGGGAGCUGGACCAGCUGACCCACAAGCUCAAGGAGAAGGAGCGAGAGCUGGACACCCGGAACAUCUACGCCAAUCGCAUGGUGAAGAGCUCCCAGAGGAAGGAGGCAGACACCAGACAGAAGAUCUCCAGCAGGAGCAGCAGCAAAGCCAUUCAGACUCAGGACAGGGUCUCCAGCCCGGACUUCCCCUCUCCUCCCCCGGCCCUCGCGGAAGCCAGUGAGCACAUACCUGACGAGUACCUGUCACUAAAGGAGCAGGACAGGAGGUGUGACACUGAGGAGAAGCACCCACCCUCCGCCCCGCAGAAGGAGACCCAGGAGGACGACACACAGACAAAGAGAAGUGGUGCUGAGGCGACGGGGGUCACAGGUGGAGUCUUCAGCGUCGCGCAGGAAGAGGCGGUGAGGAGGCCGGGUCAUGUCCAGGGAGAGGUGGAGCGGUGGAACCAGCAGGCGGCCGAGGAAACUCGCCGGAAGAAGGAGCAGCUUCUGGCCAAGAUGAGAGAGAUCGACUGUGAGAAUCACGGCGUCCAGCUGUUCACUGAGUCCAGCUCUGUUGGUAACACAGAAGGGUCCAUCUUUAAUUUGACUGAACCAGAGCUGGGUUUGCGAGGGAGGAGGCGUCCCGUUCUGGAGGCCGGAGCCACAGGAAGGAGACCGACACGGUCCGAGGUGUCCAGCGAGGACCUGGCGUUUGGCGGCUACGCCCCGUCUUUUACUCAGCCGGGCUUCCCUUCGCCUCCACCCCGAGAGGGGAGGGACUCCGCCUUAGAGGCCAUCGGUGUGUUCACCCUCAGGGGGGCGGAGACCGCCCCAAGGGAGCCCGACAAAGGCACAGACCAGCAGAGGAAGUCCAAUCUCAUGCAGCAGCUGUUCGGCACCGUCGCCACGAUCAGCUCUCCUGCAGCCACCAAUGGCCUGGGCUUGGGCCAGGACUCGCUGCUCGGCUUCCGCCCCUCCAGCCCCCCCGGCCUCAGCACCCUGCGGGUCAGAGAGAGCCGCCCCGCCGUCCGCGCUAUCACCUCGUUCGACGACGACAUUGAAGAGAUCACUUUGUGAACCGUAGUUCUGCAGCUGUGACCCGUGAGACUCUUAUUUAUUUAAAUUAUUCGAGAGCACUUCCUGUUGACCCCUGACAAUCACGGUGUGAUGACGUCACCGCUGUCGGUUUUCUAGCUCGUCAAAUGGCCACAGUGAGUCAGAGGUGACUCAGAUUCACUGAAGUGUUGUAGAGUUUGUUUGUUUUAAAACAAAAUGUCAUUUUAAGGUCAACAGACCAGAGACUGACCAGCCAUAAGUAUUGAUACCCGACGCGCGACUCGGUAACGUUAGUCACUCACCAACGUGACGACAUCGUUUUCAUGCCUCAGUCCUCCAGCAGAGGACGCUCUUGUCUCUCACCAACUACCUACACGUCACUUUCUUAAACGACGCUUUCCGAGCUGGUAAACACAUCCAAAAUCGUUUCCUGAAUUUAAGCAGGGUUAUAUAACUUUUACAGGGUUUUCUUACGGUAUAAAAACUGACUUUUAAAAUGGUGUUAUCUCAGGCUUCGUCCAGCACAAACAAAGAAAAUUAAUUUAUUUUGAGUUUCUUUAUUUAUUGGUUUUAUGAUGUUGGAAAAAGUAUCCUUUUGUAAUAAAUACCAAUUAAACAAGUCUUGUCGUUUUAGACUGGAAAAACUGUAAGCCUAUUAUGCUCGGUUUAAAAAACACUAUUUAUGAGCUAAUUUCCGCUGUUAUUUACUAAUUUGCUGUAAAUAUGACCAGCGCAACAUAUUACACGAAUCCGUUCAUGUUUAAAUGAAUGCAACAACUCACUUACACCAAUCGUUUUAGCGCGUUUGGAUUGGGGGCGGGGUCUGUUGAGUUUGAUUGACAGAUUACCUUUCUGUCUGUACUUUGAAAAAUAUCAGCAUGUGACAGGAGCAUUUAAUUGUCAUUGUUAUCAUUAUCGGCGCAUAUAUUAUUUAUUCUUAUAACUAUCAUGAUAUGUUUGAUAUAAUAAUAUAUAUGCCUGUAUGUCGACACACACAGUAGUUGCAUUUCCAUUACAUUUAUGCUGCUCACGUUCACAUUCCAACCAAUGACUUGAGAGCAUUUGG